AAGCUGCCUCCGGAGGGUACACACCGGCUUUGGGCUGUUCCGGGAGCACACUGAACUCGAUCAGCUGGUACUUCAAUCUCAAGGGCUCUGUUAUAGAUGGCGAUUUCAUCGCGAUUGAAUUCCUCCUGCCCCUCAAGCGGUAUCAAGUACCCUCCCAAAGAAGGAUGAUAUCGAUAAAGGAAGAGUUCACUAGCGACUAACAGUAUAGGGACGUUUGCACCAACGUCUAUAAUUGUACAUAGCUUCUUGAUCAUUAGAACUUCCAUCCCGGUAUUGGUAUCUAGUGAUAACAUGCCUCCACCCCUCAAUCACCCAUGUCUAGAAUUAGAGUUGCUAGAUCAGACCUUCUUCGUUAAGCAACUUCCAGUUGAUGCAGGCGUCCCAGUAGCAAUCGUGAGCGGGCUCAAUGCUGCACAAGACAAUCCAAGCAUCUUCUCGAUCACCAGAACAAGAGAAGAGAUUUCUAUUGUUGGUGAAGCUAUUGGCGAAGAUGGGGAAUGGAAAUGCAUCAAGAUAGCAGGUCCCAUGGAAUUUGGGAUGACUGGUGUAAUCUGUGGUUUCACGACGCCGCUUAAAAAUGCUAAUGUCCCGGUAUUCGCAAUGUCGACAUGGAAUACCGAUUACGUUCUGAUCCCCAGAGGGAAGGUUGACGAGGCCGUAGCAGCACUAAUGGAGGAUGGCUGGAAAUUCCGACAUAUAAGUCUGAAGCACGCGUAGUAGGAAAAUGAGACAAUUAGCUUGUAGGAAACGCGUAAUAAAAGUACUGUCAAGUUCCGUUGAUGUCCAUUCUCGUCAAUUUCUUCACAAAUCUACCGU